AUUUUUUGCGUCGCUCUCAGUUACUUAGUACAGCCCGAAGUGGCGGGACACUUCACGCCCCUCACCGGCUGUCAAACAUUGCGUGUCUCCGACGGUCAUUUCCACCGUUCGAAGGGGGUCGAGACACGCAGCCCACGGCGGGACAAAGUCCCAGCGCAGCAAGAGCACUCGGGGUCGGGUUCUGAUGCAGGAAGAAGUGUUACAAGCGCGGACGGAUUGUGAGACAGCGGGCCCCUGGGAAACCAAAAGUUAAAGGCCCCCACGCCCCCCUAAAUAGGAGCAAGAAACCCAGUCUGAAAGAGAAGCAAAGUGACGCGAACAUGCCCUUUGUGUGCUGUACUCGGUAGGAUGGACAGGAAUCACGAAGAAGAUGAGUUUGUUGCCGUGCGGGUCCAAGAUCCCCGCAUUCAGAACGAAGGCUCUUGGAAUUCAUACGUGGACUAUAAAAUAUUCCUACAUACCAACAGUAAAGCCUUCACAGCCAAGACGUCCUGCGUGCGUCGGCGCUACAGUGAGUUCGUCUGGCUCAAGAAGAAGCUGCAGAAGAACGCUGGUUUGGUGCCAGUCCCAGACCUUCCAGGAAAAUCCUUCUUCUCCUUCAGCAAUGAGGACUUUCUGGAGAGGAGGAGGAAAGGACUUCAGGCUUUCUUGGACAAAGUGGUGAACACGACGGUAUGCCUGUCCGACAGCCAGCUCCACCUCUUCCUGCAGACCCAGCUGCCAGUCGGUCACAUCCAGGACUGCGUCCAGGGCCACACUCCCUACUCUGUGACCGACGCCAUCCUCACCUACGCCUCGUCCAACUGGGGCUUGGCUCAGGCUCAGGAGGACGAUUCCAUCAAGGAGCCAAGUUUGACCGUUUCUUACGAGUCCAUGGAGAGCCCAGCUCCUCAUCAACCGUGCCUACAAGCUAAAGAGACUUUCAGCCCUCAGCUUCUCUCAUGUGGAGACUCUGACCCUCUAGCAGGUUUACUGGAGCUCUGCGGUAAGGACACGGCUGAGUUACAACACAAGGAGAAAUCCUCAAUAAAGGUCGCUCAGAGGAACAACCAUCUAGAGGCUGUUGUUGAGUGUGACUGUGGCCCGACAGAGGCAACCUUUUUUCUGGGUGACAACCAGGAUGACCCCGAGAGCCUCGGCCUUGCAGAACCGACUCAGCAGAGGAGCUGUCAGAUACAGACACCAGUGGAGGUGCACUCGCCCAUGGGGACCGGCUUUGAGGAGAACUGUGGGGAGAAUAGUGUGUUUGAGGAGGAGCGUAGAGAGAAAGAGGGAGUGCAAAACAUUAUUACAUUAGAUAAAGAAGCAAAGGUUGUUCACCAUUCAGAAAUGGAGGUGAAGGCUGAUCAGUUGGACAGUCCUGGGGAGGCAAAUAUAGAAAAGGUCACCUGUGAGCCAGAGAAAUGCAUGAAUUCUGUAGCCAUAAUAGAUUUGAAGGACAAUGACUCUGAGGAACAGGUUAUAGAAAGAGAUGGUAGUUCUGAGGAGGACGUUCUGGAAGUCGUCUGCUCUGAGAAGCAGGUUUUAGAAAACCACAUCAUAUCCGAGGUUAAUGGUCUCGAACACGAUGACAGGACCGAGGGUCCCGUUUCAGAUGCCGGCUGUCGGGAGGAGUUAAUUAAGUCAGACGGGCAAGGAGAGCCAGACAGCGAAAAAAGUUGUGAAUCUGGAAGGAAAGAGGAGACAUCACUUCAGUCAGAAACCCAUGCAGAAAGUGACAAUGUGAACAGUGUCCCAGAGGUGGAAAGUGGUGACACCGUUCCACAAAUGGACCAAAAGCAAGUUGAACAAGAAGUGGAUUUGGCUGGGACCAAAGAUGAGAGCGAUGAGGACAGCCGCUCACUGCCAUCCUCCAAUGAGAGCAUUGUCAAGGUCAGCGACGAGGAAAGCAUUUGUGACGAGACCGAGGACCCGAUCCAGGCUGCGAACGGCUACAUGAAAGCUUCUCCCGCGGAGGUCUCUCGCUGGUUAGAAGUGGAAGCCUCCAGCAGGAACAUUUUAGACCUACAGAUGAAUGGAUUCCCCGUGGAAAAACAGGACAUUUCUCCCCCGGAGGAUGAGGACCUGCAAUAUAUGACAUCUCUGGACCUUAACUCAACUGUAGCUGGUUUAGAUUUGACUGAAAGUGGCGACUUCAGCAUCUUGGAGACCAGCAGCGCGCCCGGAGUAGCUGAUGGUAAAUGUACGGAGCAGGAAACCCUGUCCUCGCUGUCUUUGGACGCCUCGGAGGACACUCACGAGGUGCAGGUGCGUUAGUUGAACAGCUGCAACGACACCUAGAGUCCACGAGACCACACAGCCCGUAUGAGGACUGCUGAGCUAGAACAAUGGAUGGUGGGAGUUGUCCUCUGCCAAAGACGCAUUCAAUCACACGCUGAUAAACAACAUACCUAGUGAGUGUUGUGUUCUGCUACAAAUAAUGUGUACGUUAUAUACCGUCUUCACAGCGUGGAUGAUCCAGUGAUAGUGUCAAACAAGGACAGAAGCAUUCUAUAUUUAAGAUACCAGUCAGUCAUGUUGUAGGCAUAACUUGUUUUCAAAUAGUGUAUAUCUAAUUUUAAAAUGUAUAUUUUCAUUUACACUCAGGUACACUGAACACUUGCUUUUCUCCUCUGCUGUGCACAAUGAUUGGCUUUUUUGGGAACAGCAGAGGGUGCCCAAGUUCACAAAACGAUACAUGCAUCUUAGUUGGAUUAAUGAAAAUCUGGUUUCCUGACCACGUCUAAAGAACUAGAGGUUUUAUUCCCGUGUAAACAGAUACAGAGUCAUUUUAUUUUGCAGGGUUCUCAGAUAAUGAAACAUUUGAGGGACAACUCACGACAGAGACAUGUACACUUGAAUUAAAGGGAUAGGUCCACAUUUUGUGUUUUAACAACUUGUACAGUCUGUGAUUAAGAGUCACUCGUCGACUCUCAGUUGAUCGACAGAAAAUUAAUCUGCAACCACUCUGAUGAUCGGAUAAUUGUUUUACUCAUUUUUAAGCAAAAAUGCUGGUGCUGCCAGCUUCCCAAAUGCGAGGAUCCGAUGCUUUUCUUUUUCAUACACGAUAAUGAAUUGAUUAUCUCCGGAUUUUGGACCGUUGGUCUGACACGAAAAGGCAUCUGACGAUGUCACCUUGGCCCGUGGGAAAUUAUGGGAGGAAUUUUUCACUAUUUUCUGACAUUUUAUUGACAAAAUAAACAGAAAUUUCGGUUGCUGUAAUCGUUCCUGCCGUCCAUAUUGACCAUCGCGAGAUGCCUUCCUAAUGGGGUUCACUUGGAAGCGAUAGCGGACAAAUGCCUUACGAAGUUCAGCUUCAGCUAACAUGAGGCUCCUGUGGUCGUGAGUUGGACAAAUCCUGUGGGUAUCUUGCAAAGUUACAGUCUAUUUAACACCAGUUUCACUCCAGACAGUGUUUCCCUGUAGAGCACCAGUGAAGGCACAGUCGGAAAACGAGGGAAUUCAGUGCUUAAAAAGACUAACUUUGAUAAACACCCACUCGAUUUGUCAAACAAGGACUGGAGAUUUUGUCCUCCAUCACUUAGAUUGAAAUCACUUACUGCUCUCGGGCCAGUAUGAACAGGAGGAAGGAUUAUUGUUUAAGGACAGAGAAUCACGCACAGCUUCACUUGAUGUGAAUCCCAUGAAAAUCUCUACAAAAUUUAAGUCAACAAUUGUCCUGCUGAAUCCUAAGAUGUAAGUUCAAGUUCUGCUGCUCAAACAAUCCUGUCAUCGGCACGUUUCGAUGUUCAUGCCUGCUUAUGAUGCAGUGUAUAAUUGAUCGCUGAUUUGUCACCAACCCAGGGCGGCUUGCUUCGUCUGCUGACAAAAGAUAUCAGAGAUCAACAUUAAACCGGUUUGGUAACGUUUGGACGGAGGCUAAGCUAACGUGUAGUGACCUCACCUCUUAGCGCACACUGCUCUGAUCAUGUUUUUUUAUACGCAGCGCGGUUAAAGGAUAGGUUCAGAGUUUCUCAAGUCUGUCUAAAAACAAUAGUCGGGUGUCUGUAUGAACACUGGGCCACGUGUCGCUCGCUGAAAUCAUUCCUCCUGCUCAAACUCUCCGAACAAAUUAGUCUGAGACUAUUUUGAGAUUUCAGCGGUCAGAUUACGUGGAUAGUUUCUAAAGUUACAGCCUUUUUAGGAUGAAAUUCCCCUCUUUGUGUUACUGUCCUUCCACUGCAACAGUUAAACACCGUCUGUGGAAACACGGAGGGAAUUUCGUACUAAAAAGACCGUAAUCUUUGUUACCUCAUAUUAACGUGAUAUAAACUCUGGAAUAUAUUUUUGCACAGAACGAGGAACUGUGGGUUUUGUCACUUACACUGGAAGCGCUUUAGAAAGGGAUUACUUAAAUAUGCCGUUAUGAACGGGAGGAACCAUUACAGCAAGCAAAAGCUGUUUUAAUGUUCAAACUGCCAGCUGACUGGUGUUUACAAGCAGACUUGGAAAAUUGCGGAACUGUCCUUUGACGGACCAGUGUGUAGGAUUUAGGGGGAAUCUAUUGGCAGAAAUGGAAUAUAAUAUUAAGAUUUACGUUCUCAUUAGCGUAUAAUCCCCGGAAACCAAGAAUCGUUGUGUUUUUGUCCUCUUCCACGGAGCCCGCCAAGUCGCACCGCCAUGUUUCUACGGUAGCCCAGAAGGGAUAAACCAAACGCUGGCUCUAGAGAGGGCCUCUCAGUUUUUUUUACAUUACUCGAAGGCCACCGUAGUUUGUCCUACACGCUUGAAAAGGGAGGGGAGAGGGGAGGGGCAUUCAGUUGGUUCAUUCAUCUGAUUACACACCGGUCCUUUAACAGACACCGUGCCUAAGGAAAAACGUUUCAGCCCAACAAAGCAAGAAUGAAUAUUUGGUCAUGUUUUCAAUCUUUGAUUUCAUAAACAAAUUCUCGGAACAAAAAUUUUUAGUGUGGCUACAAUAAAAGCAAGCGCUGACCCUAAUUUAAACCUAACAAAUUGUCUCAAAAUAAAAUUAUAACAAAUGGGAACCACUCUGCACUAGACAUCGACACCUUUCCAUUAUUGUCAUCUUGAUAAUAAUAGGUGAUCUUGUAAUUUCUAUCUAACAUUUUCAAUUCUUUCUUCUUCUUCUUUUUUUUUUUUGGAAGCAUUAAAACUCCCUAAAGGAGAAAUGGAUGAACCACACCUUUACAGUGACACCAUGGUUUAUGAACACUAAUCUUUAUCUGUGAACUGUGAAUUUCUUUUUUUAAUUUAUUUAUUUCAUGUCAGGAGCUAUGUACAUUAAUUUUUACAACACUGCCUGCCUCUUUUCUAACUAACUGCAGUUGAAGUGAGGUCAGUAUAAUUAGUUUUAAACUAAAGCCCACAUUCAGAAGAGUAUGCUUGUGGUAUUUUAAGAUCCGGGAGUGUUAUUUCCACCUAGUCUGAAGCUUGUGUAAGAUGGCUGCAGUUGGACCUCGACAUGGCUCCCACACACUACUGCUGCCCGUGAUUCUGAUUCGUCUUGUUGCUUUUAAAAAGGGACCCACAGUUUAUUGCGCCGUUUCACAUAGAAAUGAGCCUUUACAUGUUUUUGUGGCAAAGCUAGCGAUAUUGAAUUGUUAUUUUUAACCGUUGAUGAUCAGUGUUUCCAUCAUAACUGACUGUAGAAUUUCAAUAAUCCUCAACUGUCAUGGGAUGUGUUGUUGUAGUUCGCUUGCACAGUUCUGGGUUUGGCUUUCUCUCUGCAUUGUAAAUGACUACUUGGGGUUUUUUUGUUUUGUUUUUGUUUUUUUCACAUUUGAGUUGCUUUAAAACCUUUGUUUUUUAAAACAAUGUUCAGAGACAAAUGCCCCUGCUUCUAAGGAAGCCUCUAUUUUAUAACAUGGAUCUACAAGGGCAAUGAUAACAACCUGAGUGAUGUGUCCAUGUAAACAAACAAACUAUAAUCUAAUUUUAAUGUCAAAUAAAUAGUUUUUCUUGUUUA